AAUGACGGCGGGCCCGAGUCCGCCGCCGCCGCCGCCGCCACCGCACCAGUAGCCGCACAGCUAGCGACCGACCAACUACAAUACAAUACAACUUUAAAAAUUCUAUUUACAUUUUGUCACAAACAACGAACAACGUGAAUAGCAAAGCUAUCCUUCAGUCCUUGUAUAUAAAUUCUUGAAGAAUUUAAUUCAAAGUGCUAAAAAUGUGUUGUACUGUUGUGGUGACAGUGCUAUUACUGCAAGUACUGACAUCUCAGUGUGCGCCGGCGCCUUUACUGCUGCUCCCCGGCCAUCGGAACCAACAAGGUCAGCAGCUGCUAGACCUGCAGCAGCUGCAGCAGCUUGAAUCGCUGCAGAGGAACACCUGGCCGCCGCAAUUAUCAAUACCUCCGAUAAUAAUCCUCAUUCAAAACGAUCACACAAAGACGACAGACAAGUCAAUCAGCCAACGAACGAAACAAAACAACGCAAAAACAAACGCUAAUAAAGGAAAAGUUGACGAAGAUUUGGAUUCGGUGAUUAUCGAAGCGGAUCCCGAAGAGGAGGAGUCGAGACCGCAAAGGGUGGUACUGCUGCCGAGCCGCGCCAGGCUGUCCAUAGGCGACGUCAUCUCCGUCAUUCCCUUCCUGCCCAUAGAGAUCAACGUGCCGGAUACCAUAGGGUGGGCCUACAACGGCAUAGCCAGUGGCAUCACCAGCAUCAUAUCGAUCUUCGGCCGGCAGCCGGUCGGUGGUGGCGGUGCUGGCGGCGCUGGCGGCGGGGCGCAGACCAGGGUCCAGCAGGCCGGGCCGCUGCCGGCAGGGAGCACGCAGCUCCUCCUGCUGCCCCUGACACAACUCAUACCCAUACAUCUACCCAUACAAGUGUGA